AUGUGGAUAAUAAGAGACAAAUAUGAUCUGCUGAGACUCAAGAGUCCUAUGGAAAAUCCAAAAGACACCGUUGGAUUCCGUCGCCCGAUUAUACUGAACCCUAACCAUGCAUUGGUGACGAAGCUCAUAGAGUAUAAACACCGCAAGAUGCUCCAUGCACCUAUAGACACAGUGAUUAAUGUGCUCAGAGAGAGAUUUUGGAUUCUCCAGUGUAGAAAGUCUGUACGAGCCAUAGUUCAGUAUUGUGUUACAUGUAGGCGUCACAAUACCAAGAAGAUGCAACCCAAGCCCUCAGGUCUUCCUGAAAAUCGUGUCAGAGAUGCUCGAGUCUCCGAGAUUGUUGGGGUGGAUUUUUCUGGCCCCAUGUUCUUGAGGGAUGGGACCAAGGCCUGGAUUGAAUGGAGGUUCAAUCUACCAGCAUCUCCAUGGUGGAGAGAUUGUUGGGAGAGAUUGAUAAGAUUGAUGAAAGACCUUCUCAAGAGAACACUCAAGAAAUCCUCACUUGCUUACGAGGACCUCGUGGUUAUGUUAUGUGACUGCGAGGCUGUGAUCAACUCUCGACCAUUGACAUACUUGGCAGAAGAUAACCCACCAGUUAACCCCCUUUCGCGUGGUCUAUUUCUGCAAGAGGUGAGGGAAAUUGGAGUGCCAGAUAUCGAUGCUGUUGAUGCUGAUUCGAUGAACAGGAGACAACGUUAUCUACAACAACUACGAGAGCAUUUGAGACAACGUUUUCGCAUCGAUUAUCUCAAACAAUUGCAACGCAGACCCGGCAACAACAAUUUCUCUCAACAGAUCAAAGUGGGUGAUCUAGUUUUCUGCGGGAACGAGCUCCAGAAGAGACUAGACUGGCCCUUGGUUAAGGUGAUCCAGCUCUAUCCUGGAAAAGAUGGAGAAGUGAGAGUUGUCAGGCUCAAGACAGCCACCGGUCAGAAGAGCUGGGAGUAG